UCUAGAUCGCCGUAAGUAGAGAUGGGAGCCUCUGUCGGCCUUCGGAAACCCUCCUCUUUAUUCUCGAAGCACAGGAUCAGAGAAGGUGAUUCUCGACGGUAUUUCCUAUCUUCACCCGUUCAUCCAGAGCAUGCGCCGCAAUGCGUGUCCCAUCGUUAUACCUUUUACUUGCUUUAGGCACGAUUGCAGAAGCAGUCGCUGUACUUCCUCAUGACCGUGGCCAACUGGAACCGAAGAGUUUCGAAGCAAUAAUUGAGAAGCGGCAGUCUGGGUCAGAUGGCGUCCCAGAUAGUGGAAUCCUCAAUAACCUACCUCCUGGGGUCAUCCGAUGUCCACCACAGUGGUCGUGGAUUGCCCGGGAGUUGCGUGACCAGUUUUUGACUGAUGGCCAAUGCAAUAGCUUCGCACGAGCAGCAAUAAGGACAGGAUUCCAUGACUGCGGGACUUGGGAGCGCUCGAUGGGCAGCAGCGGCGGCUGUGAUGGCUCCCUUGCUCUAGCGGAGGAACUGUCGCGGUCGGAGAACUCAGGGGUUAGGAGCUCUGUUACGCAGUUAGCACAACUUGCAAAGCAGCAUAAAGUGGGAGUGGCAGAUAUGAUCCAGUUCGCAGCCGCCGUCGCUGUCAAGGCAUGCCCAAUGGGUCCCAUAAUCCAGACCUUUGUUGGGCGUGCUGAUGCUAAGACUCCAAGCCCUCCUGGCCUCCUUCCUCCAGAUGACAUUGGCGGCGAUGCUCUUGUGGCUCUUUUCGCUGACAAGGGGUUCGAUGUGCGAGAACUGGUGGCAUUACUUGGUGCACACAGUGUGGCCAAAACUACCCUCGCUUCGAGCGUCCCAGGCCUUGACUCAACGCCUGGGACUUUGGACGUCAAAUACUACAACGAAACAUUAUACGAGACUGCCCCAUUCCUUCUACCAUCCGACAAGAACCUUGCGGCUGUUCCCACUGCCCAUCGUGUAUACAAGAACUUUGCGGAUAAUCAGAGAGGUUGGGCCUUCGCGUUUUCGAGGGCGAUGACGAAACUGAGUUUGUUGGGUGUAGAUAGACGUAAACUGGCGGAUUGUACAAUUGCAUUGCUUGCAGUGUGAGGUGAUUGCCCUUAAGGUGGUAAUCGCUAAGUCAUGGUGGAACGGCAAUGGAUGGGAAGGGCAGACGGCGAGAUAAUAGGAUGCGGACAUACCCACACUACUUAACAAAGAUAUGUAUUGGGGUGUAAUUGUUGUUGGCAUUGGCCUGGAAUAUCGAGAUAGGAAAGAAUGAUGCCAUCUUUGGAUGCUGAUCAUUAAAUGAAAAUGAUUCUAAUUCUGGAAACCAUAAUGAACUGAUGCUAGACACCGGUAUUCUGGGUAUCUCGAUGCAACGCUGAGUAC